AUGCUGACACAUAUCCUCUCAGCGAAGAUCGAGAAGCUCGGAAUCCGGGGCAUCCGGUCCUUCAGUCCGGCCAGCCAAGAGUCUAUGCUGUUUAACACGCCGCUGACUCUGAUUGUCGGCUACAACGGUUCUGGAAAGACGACCAUCAUCGAGACUCUCAAGUAUGCCACCACCGGCGAACAGCCGCCGAACAGCAAAGGUGGCGCCUUUAUCCACGAUCCCAAGUUAUGCGGCGAAAAAGAGGUCCUGGCACAGGUCCGCCUGUCCUUCCAGUCUACCGUCGGGCAGAAACUGGUCGUCACCCGCAGCCUGCAACUCACCAUGAAAAAGACGCAGCGCUCCAUGAAGACGCUCGACGGCUCGCUCGUCAUCUACAACAACGGCGAGCGCACCGGCCUCUCCACCAAAGUCGGCGAACUCGACGAACUCGUGCCCAACUACCUCGGCGUCUCGUCCGCCAUCCUCGACGCCGUCAUAUUUUGCCACCAGGACGAGUCGCUCUGGCCCAUGAGCGAACCGGCCGCACUGAAGAAGCGCUUUGAUGAGAUUUUCGAGGCCAUGAAGUACACCAAGGCCAUCGACAACCUCAAGGUCGUCCGGAAGAAGCAGGGCGAGGAGCUGCAGAAGCUCAAGAUGCUCGAGGCCACAAACAAGGAGGCCAAAGAAAAGGGCCAGCGUGCCGAGAAGCACCUGGCCUCCCUCCAAGCCCAGAUCGAGGACCUACGCGAACAGGGCGAGGACUUGACCCGGCAGAUGGACGACGUGCAGGCGGCCGCCAAAGAGCGCCGCGAACAGGCCACGUCCUUCUUUGGCAUUGUGCAGGAGCUCAAGAGCAAGCAGGACCAGUUCGAGGUGCGCAGCGAGACCAUGGCCGAGCUCAAGGCGAGCAUCGUCAAAAUGCGCACCGAGUCGGACGCGUGGCUCGACGAGCACCUACAGCAGUACGAGGCGACCCUGGCGCGCCUCCAAAACGACAAGGAGGAGCAGACGGCUCGGUUCCGCCAGCUGCAGGCGGGCCUCGCAACCUCGCGCAGUGCGCUCGGCGCCCAGCAGGCCGAGCAGGGCAAGCACCAGUCGGACAAGGAAAAGUACGAGCGGCAGCUGCAGACCCGCAUCGACAUGAUCCACGAGGCCGCCGCGCGCCACGAAAUCCGCGGCUUCGAGAGCGACGACCUGCGCGACAGCCACAUUCGGGCGUUCCGGGAGCGCAUCCAGAAGCUGCUGCAGGACAAGCGGCGCGAUCUGGAACGACUGCAGCGGGAGAACGCCAAGGAGCUGGAAAAGGACACGGCCGUCAUCAGCGGGCUGGAAACGCAAAAGGCCACCCGCACACAGGACCGCGUCGCGGCCAAGCAGCGCAUUGCCGCCAUUGACAAGCGCAUGGCCGUCCUGCAGCGCGACAUCCAGAAACUGGAUGUCGAUGAGGGUGCCCAGGCGAUCCUCGAAUCGACGUACGCCGACCUGGAGGCCCGCCUGAAGCGGGCCACAGACGACGCUCACGCGGCCGGCAUCGACGGGCAGAUUGAGCAGGAGAACAACCAGAUCUGGCAGCUCGAGAACGAGAGCGAAAAGCUGGGCCGCGAGAUGGUCGAGUGUAUGCGGCGCGCGUCGGACCGGGCCCAGCUCGAUCUGCGGAAAAAGGAAGCCGUCGAGCGCAAACGCCGCUUGGACACUCUGACAUCGACGUGGCGCGGCAAGCUCGGUGCCAUUGUCGGCCAAGGGUGGACCGCCGAGUCCGUGGAUGCCGACUUCCAAUCGGUCCUCCAGGGUCUCGUCACAACGGCCGGCGACGCGCGCAAACAGGUCGACGCCAGCCAGCAGGAGCUGAAGCAGGUCGAGUACAAGCUGUCCACGAUCCGCGACCGGCAAAAGAAGGCGGUCGCGCAGUCGGCCACGUGCCAAGCGACCGUGCUCGAGGUGCUCCGGGCGGUCAAGGCCGGCGGCGAGGAGGGUGCCAGCGCCUCGGAAUCCGUGUCGAUCGAAGAGUACCAAGAAGAGCUGGACAAUCUGGAGUCGGAGAUUCUCACGGCCGAGAAGGACAUUAGUCUGUUUGAUCAUUUGAAGGACUACUAUUCCAAGUCCCAAAAGGUCCUGAACCGCUUUAACAAGUGCUCGCAUUGCGACCGGUCGUUUGCCGACCAGCCGCGGGAGCGCUCCAAGCUGCUUGAAAAGAUUGCCAAGAACCUCGACGACAAGCAGAAGAAGGAGCUGGAGCAGGAAAAGGACAUGCUCGAACAAAACCUGGGCCAGCUGCGCGCCGUCCGCACACAGUACGAGACCUAUACACGCCUCGAGUCGGAGCUGCCCGGUCUGCGGGACGAGCUCAAGGCGGCCGAGGGGCAGCGCGAUGCCCUGGUGCGCCGGCUCGAGGACCAGGACGCCUCGUUCAAGGAGGUCGACGAGAAGCGGAUGGACGUCGAGUCGAUGGCCAAGACGGUGGCAAGCAUCUCGCAGGCGGUCAAGGACGUUGCCGCGUCGGACGAGCAAAUUGAGAAGCUAGCCUCGCAGCAGCAGUCGGCGGGCUCGUCCCGCAGCUCCGAGGAGAUCCAGGAAUUGCAAGCCACCUGCGCUGACCAGCUGCGUGCGGCCAAACAGCGCCUCGCCAAGCUGUCCGACGACCGGCAGCGCAUGCGGGAUGCCGUCAGCACGCUGGAGCUGGAGCGGAGCGAGCUGAAGAACAAGAUUGCGCACGCAGCGCGGCAGGUCGAGCGGAAAGCGGACCUCGUCAACCAGAUCCAGGCGUUCAAGGACGAGUCGACGCAGCAGCGCGAACUGAUCCAGCAGACGGACCGCGACCUCGAGGCCCUCGAGCCCGAGAUCGCCAAGGCGCGCACCAUCCGGCAGGACACCGUGCAGCGGGGGCAAGAAAAGGAGCGCGUGGGAGCCCAGGAGCGCGAUGCGGUGGCGCACACGGUGAGCGAGCUGCGGAUGGUCGAGAAGGACAUUGACGACUACGUCGACCGCGGGGGGCCGGCGCAGCUUCUGGCCAAUGCGCGCGCCAUUGCGACGCUGGAGCAGGCCAUUGCUGGCCAGGAGCGCGAGGCGGACGAGCUGGCGGCACAGGUCAACAAGAUGAAGGCGGAGAUUGACAACAGCGACCGCGAAAAGAAGAACAUUGCGGACAACCUGAGCUACCGGCGCAACUCGCGGCUGCUGAACGAGCUGCAGCGCGACAUUCGGGACCUGGAGGCGCGCAAUGCCGAGGACGACUACGACCGGCUGGUGGGGGAGGCCAAGCGGUUCGAGGUGCAGCACAGCAAGCUGCUGGCGGAGCGCAGCGCGAUCUGGGGCAGCAUGAAGACGAAGGACGAGGAGCUGCUGCGGCUGCUGGACGAGUACGAACAGGAGUACAAGGAGGCCGAGUUCCGCUACCGCGAGUCGCACAUCCGCGUCGAGACGACCAAGGCGGCGAUUGACGACCUGGGCCGCUACUCGGCGGCGCUCGACAAGGCCAUUAUGGAGUACCACGGCCUCAAGAUGGAGGAGGUCAACCGCAUCGCGGGCGAGCUGUGGCGCGCGACGUACCAGGGCACCGACAUUGACACGAUCCUGAUCCGGUCCGACAACGAGACGGCGACGGGCAAGCGCAACUACAACUACCGCGUGUGCAUGGUCAAGCAGGACACGGAGAUGGACAUGCGCGGGCGGUGCUCGGCGGGCCAAAAGGUGCUGGCGAGCAUCAUCAUCCGGCUGGCGCUGGCCGAGUCGUUUGGCGUCAACUGCGGGCUGAUUGCGCUGGACGAGCCGACGACGAACCUGGACAGCGACAACAUCCGGUCGCUGGCGGUGGCGUUGCACGCCAUCAUCAAGGCGCGGCAGGCGCAGGCCAACUUCCAGCUGAUUGUGAUUACGCACGACGAGGAGUUUCUGCGGCACAUGCGCUGCUCGGACUUUUGCUACACCUUCUACCGCGUGUCGCGUGAUGACCGGCAAAACAGCGUCAUUACGCGGGAGCCCAUUACGCGGUUGAUGGAGGGAUAG